GGAGCCGGUUCUCAACUCCUCCCCUCAGAGCGUCACUCUACAGCUCUGCCCUUAAUAGUGAAGUCACUCCACUAUCGUUCAGUUCCAGCGGAGCCGCCGCUUAUUACGGCCAUUGACACAGUUAUCAUUGCGCAGGGAUUUUUCGGAAAAGCUCCAGUGAUUUUACAAGCUUCCAAUAGCACAAAUGGCAAAGCAGGCCACUUCGCUUUUAGUCCGGGGACUCCGGGCUCUGGAGAUGUCAGAAAGACAGUCGUGCGGUGUCAUGAGGAGAAACUCCAACUGCACCAUCAGACAUUUGAGCUCAUGUGGUAUCUUAGUUACAAGGCGGGUAAGCUUACCUCCUCCAGCAUCUUCUCAGAUGGUGCCCACCCGGAGCUUUAUUAACUUGUCAGCCCCCCUCAUAACGCGGAGAAUGGAGUACUCAGAGAGCCGGAGCAUUGGUUACUCAACUGAGCAGAUGUACAACAUUGUUGCCAAUGUGGACCAGUACCAGCAGUUUGUGCCUUGGUGCAAGAAGUCAAAGGUAACGAGGGGGCGGAAUGGGGACAUGAGAGCUCAGCUUGAAAUCGGGUUCCCCCCGAUCAUUGAACGGUACACCUCUGAGGUCACAGUCAUCCCGAACCACCAAGUCCGAGCGGUGUGUACAGACGGGAUGCUCUUUAAUCACCUUGAGACAUUGUGGAGAUUUACUCCUGGAGCUGCAGGCCAGACCGAAUCCUGCAAUGUAGAGUUCUUUGUGUCAUUUGAGUUCAAAUCUUUGCUCCACUCACAAUUAGCGACAGUAUUUUUUGAGCAGGUGGUCAAACAGAUGGUCAACGCUUUCGAGACGCAAGCAACCAAACUUUACAGCACCGGCGUUCAUCGACAGAAGACUUCACUCAGAAGAGCAACUUGAGAACCUUGUUAAAACGGACACAAGGACAUACAUAACCACAAAUAUUGUUCAAAUGUUUUGGAGAACAACAGCUCCUCUUUUUUUAAUCCAGUUUGUUGGAUUUUGGACUGUUAAUGCCAGCACAUAUUUUUGCUGGG